AUGCUCAUUGUCUCUGAUACAAUGGAACGUUUAACCCUGUUGUUGGUAUUAUUCAUGGCCACAUCUGUGUUGGGAGCUACAACUAGUUUCAAUGUGAUGAGUUAUGGGGCUGUUGGAAAUGGAAGAGCUGAUGACUCCCAAGCUUUUGUGAAGGCAUGGAAAGCCGUCUGCCAGGCUAAAUCCACAAAUCCUAUACUCUAUAUACCCCCAAAGAAGACUUUUAUGUUGAAGCCCUUGACAUUUAAUGGUCCAUGCAAGUCCUCUCGGAUAUAUAUUCUGGUGUCAGGAAUGAUUGUUGCACCAAAGAAAACAGAAUGGGCAGGGAAUCAACUACACGCAUGGCUUAUUUUUGCAAAUAUCAAUGGGCUAAAUGUAUCAGGGAAAGGGACCAUUAAUGGCCAGGGUUCAUCUUGGUGGCCACAACCUUGCUUGCACAACCCAGUUAAUGGUGAACAAUGCAAGGGACCAACUGCAAUUACAUUCAGGAGAUGCCAUGGUCUUAGACUGAGUGGUUUGACACAUAUAAAUAGCCCAGCAGUCCAUAUCUUAAUUACUGCAACUAAUGGUGCUUUAGUCUCUAAUCUCCGCAUAAUCGCACCUGGCACGAGCCCUAAUACUGAUGGCAUAGACAUUUCUAGUUCAACAAAUGUUCAAAUCCGAAAUUCUUUCAUUGGAACUGGUGAUGACUGCAUAGCCAUUAGUGCUGGAUCUUCCAACAUUAAUAUUUCAGGAAUAACAUGUGCACCGGGACAUGGUAUCAGUAUUGGAGCCUUAGGACACGGAGGUUACGACGUUGUAGAAAACGUACGUGUGAGGAAUUGUACAUUGAAAAAUACAUUGACUGGAUUAAGGCUCAAGACUUGGCAGGGAGGAAAAGGAUAUGCAAGAAAAAUCUCUUUUGAAGGAAUCAAGUUUGUGGAUGUUCAUCACCCUGUUCAAAUCGAUCAAUAUUACUGCCCCACUAGGGUUAAUUGCCAAAACUUUACGUCGGCAGUUGCUAUAAGCGACAUAUCGUACACUGCGAUUACCGGGACAUCACUGGAUGAGCAGGUGAUAGAUCUAAGCUGCAGCCAAAGCAUUGGGUGCACCAACAUUAAACUAGAUAGGGUUUAUAUUACAUCAUCAACUCCAGGGAAUAAAGUUUAUGCAAACUGUGUCAAUGCUCGUGGAAAAUCUAGCCAUACAAGACCUGCUGUCAAUUGCCUGCUACCAUAG